AUGGGAAAAAUAUGGGUGGAGGUCUGCUUGAUCUCAGCUAGGGGCCUGCGGCGAAAGUCUUCUCUGUGGAAGCUUCAGUGGUAUGCUGUUGGAUGGAUUGAUGCUAACAACAAAUACUGCACCCGGAUAGAUGCUUCUGGGAAUGCUAAUCCAGUUUGGAAAACCAAGUUUUCAGCAUUGAUUGAUCCUUCUGAACCAGACUUCCAAGAUAUGGCCCUCCAUGUUGAAGUCUACAGCAGAGAACCUGUCUUUCUUAGAGAAAAGAUCACGGGAACAGCAACUGUGCUUCUGAAAGAAUUUCUGGAAAAGUACUUGAAAAGCUCUGAGGUUCCAAAGCCAGUGGAAGAGUUGGGAAGUUUUCAGCUGAGGAAGAAGAAUUCCGAAAAACCUCAAGGAUUUGUUGAUAUCUCAAUCCGAAUAUCAGAAGAAAAGGAAGAGCCCAGUUCACACCAAGGUGACCAGGAAGGAUUUAAGCUCGUGGAUAAUAGUGGAUUUAUCAACUUAGAUGGUGGGUUUGGGCCUUUGCAUUCGCAGUUUCCUCCAGCUAUGCCCCAGCAGAUGGGAGCUCAGUCACAGACAACGAGCCAGCAGUACACUCACCCUCUGCCAUUUCCUAGAAAUUAUUCCAAUAUACCUGCUGGGCCGAGCUAUGCGACAGCUGCCGGGACAAGCUAUCAACCACCAAGAACCCGGCCCCCUCCACCUCCGCCUUCAAAUGUUGGAUUCAUGCCUACUUUUCUACCUAGAACUGAUAAUGUGCUGCCUAGUUACAUAAACGUGCCCUCAUCUGGACCAAUGGCCAGACCAGGUUUUGGGAUGGGGCUCGGUGCUGGAGCUUUAGCUGCCGGUGCAGUUAUCUUUGGGGAUGAUUUUAUGUCAGGUUUUGAGCUUCCGCCGCUGCAAGAUCCUAGUUUCACCAUUUCGACAAAUCCUCCUUUCUGA